AUUGGUUGACAGUAUAUUACAUCCAUGGUUGACAUCAGCAGUAACGUUCGAAAGUGACUGAAUUUGCUGUUCAUCUUGACAGUGUCAGAGAACAAAGAUACAAAGAUGGAGAUAAUACACGCUGUCCAUGUUUUUGUCAAAUCACUGCUGUUUCUGCUGCUGUGGUCAAACUGUGAAGGAAGAGAAUCGGAGCACAAUCAUGUUACCUGCGGCUCACUGGUCAAACUGCUCAACACCAGACAUAACGUCCGCCUGCAUUCCCACGAUGUCAAAUAUGGCUCAGGCAGUGGACAGCAGUCUGUAACUGGAGUGGAGAACGCAGAUGAUGCCAACAGUUAUUGGCAGAUUCGUGGGAAGCCCAACCGUCCUUGUCAACGCGGGGCAGCCAUCAAGUGUGGUCAGGCCAUACGCAUCACACACAUGAAGACCGGUCGAAACCUCCACACACACCACUUCAGCUCACCGCUGUCUAAUAACCAGGAAGUCAGUGCCUUUGGAGAGAAUGGCGAGGGUGACGACCUGGACGUGUGGACAGUGCAGUGUGAUGGCAUCCACUGGGAGCGCGAUGAGGCUGUGCGCUUCAAACACGUUGGCACUGAUGUCUUCCUGAGCAUAACAGGCGAGCAGUAUGGCCACCCCAUCCGCAGCCAGCGGGAGGUGCAUGGAAUGAGCACUCCUAACCAGCACAACUGGUGGCGCUCCAUGGAGGGUGUCUUCCUCCAGCCCAGCCAGGUGCCGCUGCGCCACGAUGAGCUCUGACAUCAUCACUGAGAGGCGCAAAGCAUGUUGAUUCCUGUUCAUGUGGGGGUUUUACAAGUCUCCUGGACCAAAUGAUGUCAUGUGUGAAUGAUGGUGAAUAUUUGACUGAUAACUCAUCUCUUUACAUGUGAAGCACUCAGGGUGGUCUGAGACAAGGGCGAUAAUGUUAUUUUUGAAUAAAAUCAGUGAUAUUCUAUGUAGUGUAGCCACAUGGUCUAUAUAUCAGUUUCCUCUUUGGAGAAUUUCAUAAGGGAGAAAAUGCUUUUUGUAAAAAAA